AUGGCUCUGGCGCGGAGCAGCGGCGUGCUCGGCAACCCGCUCUCGGUGGACUUCUGGGCGGACGCGGACCCUUUCGGCGGCGCCGUCCGCGCCCUCGCGGAGCGCUGCCCCGUGCUCACCAACGUCCGCGUCGACUGGAAGGAGACGCCCGCCGCGCACGUCUUCACGGCCGACCUCCCCGGCGUCCGCAAGGGCGACGCCAAGGUGGAGGUCGUGGACGGCGACGUGCUGGUCAUCAGCGGCCAGCGCGCCAAGGAGAAGGAGGAGGAGGAGGGUGGUGGCAAGGACGAGCGGUGGCACCUGGUGGAGCGCAGCAGCGGCGGGUUCGAGAGGAGGUUCCGUCUGCCGGGGGGCGUGAGGGUGGACGGGGUGAGCGCGUCCAUGGAGGACGGCGUGCUGACGGUCACCGUGCCUAAGGAGGAAGUGGCCAAGAAACCGCAGGUCAAGGCCGUGGAGAUCGAAGGCUGA